GUGCAAUGAGGCUGGAAAAGGAAGAAGGAAAAGUCAGGGAGCAGUAGAAGGAUAGAAAAGGCAUUGAGAAUCCCGUGCAUAUUUCGACAAUUUAGCUGCAUGAAUGACGAUUGAAGGUGGCAAUAGAAGAGGAAAAGGAAUGGCAUCUCGGUUAAGACCAAUAAAAAUAACAGCAGUAGGCGAUGGUAUGGUAGGUAAGACCUGCCUUCUCAUCACAUACGUUGAGAAAAAAUUUCCCAUGGAGUACGUGCCUACUGUGUUUGAUAAUUACUCGGAUAAUAUUACUGUGGAUGGACAGGAGUUUAAUAUGAUCUUGUGGGACACAGCUGGACAGGAGGACUACGAGAGACUUAGGCCACUUUCAUAUCCAAAUACGGAUUGUUUCCUGUUGUGCUUCUCAAUAAGUGCAAGAAGUUCCUUUGAAAAUGUCGCUAGUAAAUGGUAUCCAGAAAUUAAAUUCCAUUGUCCUAAUGUUCCAAUCGUUCUUGUAGGUACGAAAGGUGAUUUAAGACAUCAUACAGGAGUCGAAGUGAUAAGCCCGAAAGAGUGUAAAAAAAUGAAAGAACGAAUUCACGCGACAAGAUAUGUAGAAUGUUCAGCAAUGAAUCAAGAAAAUCUCCAGCUUGUAUUUACCGAAGCAAUCAGAGCAGUUUUGAAGAAGCCACCUGGGAGAAAGUUAUGCUGCAUACUGUAAAUUGGACCUGUUCCACGCUUGAAUAUUGAGAUUGAAUUAUAUAAGUUUCCAGUCUUCUUAUCUCAAUUUAUAAAAAUUGACUCUCUAAAUGUGCGAAAACUAUGAGUUUUUUUGCUUAGGACGAUGAGAAAAACGCCGUGACCAAAGACUUUUUUCACACAGAGUUUCAUGCGCCUUAUCUGUACAUAAAAUAAACUCCUCCAAGUGUGAAUAAUUUGAAUUCUCAAAUCAAAUUUUCAAUUAAAUGUUCAAAUGAUUAUUUGUAUUCAUUCUCGAUGUCGAAUAAUUUUACGUUAAGUCCUAUUUGAGGCACGGGUGAAUUAUCUUACUAAAGUGAUCGUUUUUUUUUGUUUUCUCUUUUUGAUAAUCGAAAAUGAUCUCCAAUCGCUAAUUUAAUUAACAUCUUUUUAGAGGAAAGCUAAAUUUUUUCAGAGUGUUUUUAAUUAACCAAUAUUAGGAAAUAUAUUUAUUAGAGAGGAAACUUGAAAUUAAUCGUUAGUUAUCACGACGAGUUAUCCACUCACUGUUUCCUCUGUAAUUUAAGACUGCCUUUUCCUUGAAGAGUAAAAGAUUCUGCCAUUAUUUCACACAGCAACAAUUUAAUGCUUUAAGAAAGUUAACUUUUUAUACGCAUUCAAUAAAGAGUAACAAAAAUUGUACAUAAAAUAAUGUUGUGUCGGCUACACUUUAUUUUCCAUAAUUUUAUUUCAAUUUUUGUUUUCUCAGUUACAAUGUCAAUUGAAUAGAUAAUAAGAUGUAUCCAAUUAUCAAUUGGCUUUUCAAUGAAUGAGAUGAAUCAUAUGAGAAUAACGAGUAUGAUUAUCUAAAUGAACUUACGAAUAAAAAAUA